AUGUUUUACAGCGAAACAUGGCAGAGUACAGCGAGGGCUUUAGCCCUAAAGUUAGGAUUCCGCAUCAAAAUAAUAAAAUCGACGAAUUGUGAACAAAAGUGCUGUGGCUAUUCGAGGUUUUUAUAUGCAGCAUCCGAUUUAGGUGGACGUUGUAGAAAUGAUCGUGAAUGCCUACAAGCAGUCGACUCAAGUCAAUGUAGACAAGGACGAUGUAUAUGUCAACCAUUUUACAUUCAAUUCAACGAUACUACAUGUUUACAAUCUACACUUCUGGGUUACGAUUGUUUAAUGGAUGAACAGUGUUCUAUGAAAGUUGCAAACAGCAGUUGUAUCGAAGGUGCAUGUAAAUGUGUUGAAGGAUUCUUACAGUUUCGUAAGCACACAUGUUUAGGACCGGCAAGACCUGGUGAUGUAUGUUAUAGCAACGCACAUUGCCAACUAUGGAUGAAAAAAAGCCAUUGUGAAUUUUUAAUACCAAAUUUAUUUGGACGAUGUCAAUGUAAUUCACCCUUACGACAGUUUGGUGAUACAUGUAUGGAACAACCGUUGGCACCAACUCAAGCACCAUUUGUUGUAACAACAGCAUCCCCAGAUGAUUUAAUACAUGAAGAAGGUUCACCAAUUAAAAAUAAUGCGAUACCAAAGUUACCACCACCGAUAACAACUGAAUAUGUUGUAGCAGAUGUAACAAGCAGCACAUUAGCAUCGUUAUUAGCCUCAUCACUAGUUGUAAAUAAAACUGAACUAGCUACGGAUGGGGAAGAUGAUGUAGAACCAUUAAUUCUAACCACAUCGACAUCGACAGUAGUUUAUGGAGUUAAUGACAAUUUAACAACAGCUGUAACUGUUGUUGAAUUAUCACAAAGAAUUACAACAAUGGAACCCUCAUACUCAACACCAGUCACAAUUAUUAGUUCAACGGCACCCACUGAAGCAACUUCACCAUCGUCAAUAAUCACAUCCGAACCAUUUACAACUGUUAAAUUUAUUCCUGAAGAAGCUGUUACUAUCUCUACAAAAUCACCAGUUCGAACCCGGGUAGAGCAUAGUAGUAAUGCAGUAAGUUUAGGUCUGCCAUGCGUCACGGAUCAACAAUGUCAAGCGUCAGAUCCAAAUUCUGAAUGUAGAAAUAGUAUUUGUGAUUGCUUAAUAUUGAAUGGAACGGAUAGAUGUUCAGCUAAAAAUAGAGGAUGCCAUGAGGGUACAUUCCAGUGUCGUGCUUCUGGCAUGUGUAUUAGUUGGUUCUUUGUAUGUGAUGGUCGUCAAGAUUGUAGUGAUGGUUCUGAUGAGGAAUGUGAUGAAAAUCGUUGUCCUGCCGAGUCAUUCCGUUGUAAAUCAAGCGGGAAAUGUAUAUCGAAAGCGAAUCGAUGUAAUGGCGAACAAGAUUGUCCAAGUGGUGAAGAUGAGAUCGAUUGUAAAGCAGUGGAACGACACAGUUGUCCGGAUCAUACGUUCCAAUGUAAAGAUGGUAAAUGUUUACCAGAAUUUGAAUUUUGUAAUGCAAUUGUAUCGUGUGCGGAUGGUAGCGACGAACCAGCACAUUUAUGUAAAGGUAUCAAAACACGACGGCGUACAAAUGGCUAUUGUCCAUUUCGAUGUGGUAAUGGACGAUGCCGUUCAACAGCGAUUACAUGUUCAGGACGUGAUGGAUGUGGUGAUUUUUCAGAUGAGAAUAAAUGUCGUGUUUGUAAAUGUCCAGCAAUAAAUAAUUCACAGCAGAGGCGAAUUUAAUUAACAUAAUCAUCAACCAAUGUGUAUAGAAAACAUUCCAGUCUGGAAUUUCCAAUUUCCAAUCACCAAA